UUCUGUCAUCUGUCAAUCAAUUUGUUGAUAUGAAAAAUUGAUAAAUGAAAAUAUUGGAAUAUUAAUAACGAAAAAUGUACACAGAAGUGGAUGUAUUUGUCAGUAAUUUUACUCUCAUUGAUCCUGAAAUAUAUCAACUAUGGAUUGAGGGUUGUUCAUCUAGUGAAGCAGUAUCGACUCUACACAAACGGUCAGCUGAGAAACAAACGGGAGCUACAGUUGAACUUAUAGCCAGUGAUGUGUUGGAUCACUACAGAACCUUUGCCUUACUUGAACGGCUGCUGACAGUCCCGUCAAAACUAUCUGAGCAGAUGAUUUUCCAGAUUGAUGAGCCUACAAAGCAGAUGCUUAUUGAGAAAUACUAUGACUUAGAUGAUGCAGUUAUUAGAGAACUACUUGGUCGGAAGUUAUCAUCAAGACAUAGAAAGGAUUUAGAUGAGGUAGCAGAGAGAUCAGGUGCACCGCUACGCUGCUGUCGACGACAGUUUGAUAAUGUGCGAAGAGUCUUUAAAGCUGUUGAAGAAAUGCCAGGCAAUGUGGUGGCGAAUAUUCGAAACACCUUCCUUAUAUCAGAGCCUCUAGCCAGGAAAUAUGGUGCGGUUGUAUUCAUAGCGUGUAUGCGUUUCGAGACCGGCAAGCGUAAGCUGCAGUACCUCUCAUUUAACGACUUCUUCCACUGUGCACAGGCUAUAAUGGGUAGCUGGACGUACAGCUGCACAGGGCCGGAGUACUACGACACGGAGAUGGACCGCGAGUUCCUGCUGGAGCUGCGAGAGCUUCGGCUGCUGUUGGAUAAGGAGAAGGAGCAUAAACACCUCGUCUGCAUGCGGCUCAGACCUAAGCUACUCGAUAAGUCGUACCAAGAAUUGGAACUUAACUUCAGAUUGUACACGCGUGCUUUGGUAGGCGUGGCGUGCAAUUUGCACCGCGGACGCGAACUUCGCUCUCUGUUUAUUGACCUUUUAGAGCGAUGUAUAGAGCCAUUGCGGCUAGGCUGCUGGCCCAAGACGGACCUUGCGCAGUUCUUGUGCGCUUACGAGCAAUGCGCAUUGCAGAUGGAUGUUCUAAGGGAAGCAGAUUUAAAGAGUGUAUGGGAGAGGUACAUGCGAGUCGUUAGUCAAUGUUUGCUCACAAUGUACCAUAUUUAAGUUAAUUUGAAGAAUAUAAAUAUUCCUCUGUUUUUGUCCAAAGAUAGCAAUGUUUUCAUAUAGACAAAUGGAAACCUACAGAUACAACUAAAAUCUUCAUAUUGAAAUUUCCUGCUUUGUGUUGUUUGCUAUGUGAUGUCAUGCACUUUUUCAAAGAAAAUUUAUUUAAUUUAAUUGUUAAUAUUACUACUAUAUUGUAAAAUA